CCUCUGCGUUCAACAAUGGCGGAUGCUCUCAGUCCAACCCGAAGCAGCCGAGCUCUCCCUCCUCUUCCUCCAACCCAAUGUCUCUGACGGCUCGCCUUUCUAGCCCGGCUCUCUUCGCUUCUCGCUGCCACUGCAAGUUGCCAUCUUUCCCUUCCCAUCUCGUCCCGUUCCGGAGCUUCACGAACCGCCGGGCCUUCAGUAGCAUCAGAGCGUCUGUGUCCGUUCAAUCUCCCGCGAGCACCAGCAUGGGCGAAGCUCCCGAUGGCGCAAUGGACGCUGUCCAGAGGCGCCUCAUGUUCGAAGACGAAUGCAUUUUGGUUGACGAAAAUGAUCAGGUUGUCGGUCAUGAAUCGAAAUAUAAUUGUCACUUGAUGGAAAAAAUUGAAAAGGAAAAUCUCUUGCAUAGAGCUUUCAGUGUAUUCCUGUUCAACACAAAGUAUGAGUUACUGCUUCAGCAACGAUCUGCUACAAAGGUAACUUUCCCCCUUGUAUGGACAAACACCUGCUGCAGUCAUCCGUUGUACCGGGAGUCCGAGCUUAUCGAUGAGAACGCUCUGGGUGUCAGGAAUGCUGCACAGAGGAAGCUCUUGGAUGAGUUGGGCAUUCCUGCUGAGGAUGUGCCAGUUGAUGAAUUCAUCCCGCUAACUCGCAUACUGUAUAAGGCUCCUUCUGACGGCAAGUGGGGAGAACAUGAACUUGACUACUUGCUCUUUAUUGUUCGAGAUGUCGGCGUCCAUCCAAAUCCUGAUGAAGUCGUCGAUAUCAAAUAUGUGAACAGGGAGCAGCUAAAAGAGCUGCUGAGGAAAGUUGAUGCUGGUGAGGAAGGUCUGAAGCUGUCACCCUGGUUCAGAAUAGUCGUGGACAAUUUCUUAUUCAAGUGGUGGGAUCAUGUCGAAAAAGGGACUCUCAAGGAGGUUGCUGAUAUGGAAAACAUUCACAAGCUCACUUAAGAUCGGUUAGAAACGAACACUUCUGGGAUCUAUGCUGACGACAGCAUCCUCGACUGCCGUAUAUCAAUAAAGUCACAUGUCGAAAGGUUCCGAAGCAGCAGGCAUUAUGUGGUUAUUUAGUAAUGGUCUGCUCUUUUUUCAGUUGAAAGCUUCUCUUCUGCCUUGGUUUUUAUAAGAUCUCUUCUUAUGCCAAGACAUGCUUUUGGAUAUUGGUCUAUGAUAUCAAUUAAUUCUCUUUUAUCUUCUGAA